AUGGAGGCAGAAGAGGUGGCCAUGAAAGAUGAGGAAGACUCCAAGGAGGACCAAGAGGCAGGAAGCCCCAAGGCUGGCUCGUCCCUUACUCCAGAUCCGCUGGCAGGCCCUCGGGAGCGGUGGAUUGGUGACCCAUCCUUUAUAGCAGCCCAGGACCAGGAUGAAGGGUUGGCCAAAAUGUGGGACCAAGUGGCGGAUUACAUCCUGGUAAUCAUGGACUAUGCCACCCGUUCCCCCGAAGCCAUACCGCUCCCUAGCCUCAAGAGUGCAGGGAAACCCUACUAUAUAGAAGGCCCUGACUACGUGUUCCGCAUCGCUGGGGCAGCAUGGCGACCAGCGGCUCACCCUCACAGGGGCAGCGUGGGCGUGACAGUUGCCCAAGCUACAAUGAUGACCGGUUGCCAUUUCCUUCUUCUGUUCUCUGUGACGCUGGCAUCGUCCUCUGUUUAUGGAGAAGAUUCAUCAAGGAUUGCAGCCAACGGUAGAGUACACAAACGCUUGAGGAGAGAGUGGAUCUGGAAUAAGAUGCACAUUUCGGAAGAGAAGAAUGAAACGCUGCCACAUCAUGUCGGGAGGAUCAUAUCAAGCAUCCAGAACUCCAACGCUAUGUACGUGCUCGAGGGGGACGGUGCCAACAGUAUUUUCAAAGUUGACGAACAUACUGGGGAUGUGUCUGCAUAUGAGAGGCUGGACCGAGAACAGAAAGCUGAGUAUCAGCUGACGGCUCACAUUCUUGACCGUACAACCAAUAAGUCAUUGGAACCACCAUCCAAGUUCCGUAUCAUCGUCCAGGACGUGAAUGACAAUGCCCCCGUAUUUGAUCAAAGAGUGUUUAAUGGGUCUGUCUUGGAAAUGUCACCUGUAGGAACUUCAGUCACCACAGUGACGGCUGUAGACGCUGACGACCCAACACUUCUUGGCUAUGCUGACGUCGACUACAAAGUGAUUGAGGGAGAAAACUAUUUCAGAAUAGAUAAGUCAGGAGUCAUCCGCACAGCAGUAGCUAAUCUGGACCGAGAGCAGAAAGCUACCUAUGAAAUCAUGGUGCAGGCCAUCGACGGCAAAGGUCUACAGGCUGCAGAAUCCGGCACAGCUACAGUACGCAUCACACUGAUAGACAUCAACGACAACUCCCCAACCUUUAAUCCAACAAUAUACCAUUUUGAAGUACUCGAAAAUGUCACCUUGAAUGGGGAAGUGGGUAGACUGAAAGUCGAAGACAUUGAUGAGCCACAGAACAGAAACACAAAGUACAGUUUUGUCGGUGGAACUUUCCAAGACACCUUCUUGAUCGUACCAAACCCAUAUACAAAUGAAGGAAUAAUUAAACCUAAGAAGCCCUUGGACUUUGAAAAAACACCCAGCUACCAGUUCCGCGUUGAAGCAACGGAUGGCGAUAUACCCUACUUGAAUUCCAAGACAAAGGGAGCCAAGAGCAUAGCAACCGUAAACAUCAGAGUUCUGGAUGUCGAUGAACCCCCCGUCUUUGAAAAGCCUUCAUACACGUUUGAAGUGCUGGAGGAGAAUGAUAUCAAGGUGCAAGUUGGGCAUGUUUCUGCCAUCGAUCCUGACCGAGCAAAACGAGAAAUAAGGUAUCGUGUCCUAAGAUCCAGCUAUUUCAAAAUCUCCAACACUGGGUAUAUUUUUGCCGAGAGGCCACUCGACAGAGAAGAACACUCCUGGCAUAAUAUAACGGUGGCAGCCAAUGAAAUAGAGAAUGGAAGAAUACUAACUCAGUUAGAAACUCACGUCCAAGUUUACAUCAAAGUUCUCGACAGAAACGACAAUGCGCCAGAAUUCGCAGAACCAUAUCAGCCAGGAGUCUGUGAGAAUGCCCCACCAGGAAAGGUGAUCAUCAGAAUUUCUGCUGUGGAUAAGGAUGAAAUGUUGCCUGGCAUGAGAUUCACGUAUUCCUUAACCUCCGAAGAGAGCAACUUCACUCUGAUUGACAAUCACGAUAACACAGCGAACAUCACCGUCAAAUACGGAGAGUUUAAUCGGGAGCUAGUCAAAAUCCAUUACUUGCCUAUCGUCAUCUCUGACAAUGGUGCGCCCGAGCAAAGCAGCACAAACACCCUUACCAUCCUGGUCUGUAAGUGUGACGAGGCUGGCAAGUUUACAUUUUGUGAAGAAGCGGCUAAACAAGUGGGAGUCAGCAUCCAAGCUCUGGUGGCCAUCUUUGUCUGCAUCCUCACAAUAUUUGUCAUAAUGCUGCUAAUAGCCCUGAGAAGGAGGCACAAGAAGGAUCUGAACGUUCUCCGGAAGAACGUGGCAGAGAUCCACGAACAACUGGUGGCCUAUGACGAAGAAGGCGGUGGUGAAAUGGACACCACUAGUUAUGACGUGUCAAUCCUCAAUUCGGUCCGCCAAAGUGGUAUGACGUCACCGCGGAUGACCCGGGAGACCAUGCCCUGCAUGUACUCUCAGGUCCAAAAGCCACCCAGACAUGGACUUUCUGGUACUGGAGAAAUGGCCAUUAUGAUUGAAAUGAAAAAGGAUGAAGCUGACAAUGACGGAGAUUUGCUUCCAUAUGACACUCUCCACAUCUUUGGCUACGAAGGGGCAGAGUCCAUUGCAGAAUCUCUAAGCUCUUUGGGAUCGGGCUCCUCUGACUCGGACAUUGAUUACGACUUCCUCAACGACUGGGGUCCAAGAUUUAAAAUGCUGGCAGAGCUUUAUGGAUUGGAAGCCGAUGAAGUUUUUGCAUAUUGAGUCAGACUGAUGGCAAAUUUUCUUAAACUUAAACCAUGAACACCAGAAGUGAGAGGCUGCAAAUUCAUAAGGCAGCAACUACCAUGUCCUCAUGCAUUUUCAGAGCACGUUUAUGAGAUCAGGAUCGAAGAAACCAAAAUGUGGUCCCAUGGAAUGCAGGGAGAAAAUAUUUCUCUUUAUCUGAAAACAUUUCAUUUAAAAAAAACAACAGGAAGUAUCUUUCUUCUUGCCCUGUACUGUAAGAGGUUAGGCUUCCCCUGGUGUUCCCUGAUGUGUCACUAUUCCAGGAGGUUUUUAUUAUCAGUCAUAACCCAUCCUCAGAUUCAUCAUCACACUAAUUGAGUUACGUGGAUUUGCAUUGUUUCCAUUUUCACGACAGGAAAAUGCAACUGGGUGCCUCACAACAUGUGACAUUUUCUAUGUGUCUUCCCCAAGUCCACGUUAAGUCAGAUGUCAACCAUGAUUUCCCCAUCGGGAACUCAGUCCCCAUGCGUACAGGGACCCAGUGUGGAUUGGAACCAUGGCGUGCAAGGGAAAGAACUUCAGCCUUCCUCCCCUGUGUCCUUUUCCCAACCUGAAGCAAUCUUAGUCCCAUCAGGAAAACCUUUCUGUAUCCCAUCAAUACAUAUGCAGCUCGUAAUAAAGGAACUAGCACCCCCUAGAGCUGUUUCAGUUUAGUGCCAGGGUCACAAUCUAGACUGGGAUACCUGUGCAUUUAGGAAUUGAGUUCCCAAGAAGGAACUUGUCACUGCCAUCAGACUGAAAAUCAGACUGUGGAACUCAGACACAAACCAUGAAAAAAGUAUGGUAUAGAUGGUUCUUGGGAGACAGGGAUUUUGACACCUAAGCAAUGAACUCUGUGGAUGAAGCAGCCGUCACAGCGUCCAAAGCUGUUCAGCAUCACAAGGAGCUCUCAGACUCCCCUUUUGGACCCCAUGCCAAUUAAAAAUAUUGCCAUUUGGCAAGCAUUUUCACAUCUGAAGCAUCUCAGCUUUGGCUUAAAGUAGCAUGUAAGAUGAAUCGCCAAACCUAAGAUGGUUAUAAUGCACAACUGGGGCUGACUUCCAGAUUCACACGUGACAUAAAUCAUGUGAUGGAGAGGCUCAAAAAUUAAUUAGACUCGCGCCUUAACAAAUAUUCAUGGCCUUUUUGCCAUCAUUAUAAGAAUUCCUGAUCUUUAAGUCAAAAGCCACCCAUUGGGCUAGGAAGGUCCUCUUCAGGGAAAAAAGGGAGAUUUUCCUGACCUCUGGAUGUAGGUCUGACAUCCUAUCACAUUAAUAUAGAGGCUGAACUUUUGUUUGUUCAAAAACUAGACUGUCAAACACAGUCGAAGAAAUUUUGCUUCAGGGGUCUUUCUAAAGUUAAGAGCAUCAUU